UCGCGUCAUAUCCAUCGAAGUAGCUUUGUAGCUCUUAGCUAAAUGCACGCUUAAUUGUAAGUUGGAACUCCAAUAGGUGGCAUUAACGAUCCGCCGCCAGCUCUUUGAAGUUACAAACCUUCCAACUGUCUACCCAUCCGCCAACAAACCACAAACCACCUUCUUCCUAUGUCGGGAUGAUGGGCACCUAGCAUCUUCCAAGAAAUUUUUAAGAAAUUUCAAUCUUUCUCUACGUUUCCUAAUUAUCACCCAGAACUGCCACGAUGCGACUUCUUUGGUACGCAGGGUCUUCAACGGCCCUGGCGGCCGGCGUCGUCGCUUAUGCCUUCAACCAACGUGCCAACUUCUAUUCCGCCAUGGUCUACUUAUCGCAAAAUAAUCUUAGUCUCAUGAUCCUUAUAAAUCUGGUUUUAUUAGUCUAUGGCUCCUUCGUCUGGGGCCUUCAGCGAUUAUGUUAUGGACCCCUCCGACCUGUCGAGACCGAACAACUGUACGAGAAGGCCUGGUUUGCCGUGACCGAGACUUGUCUUGCGAUGACUAUCUUCCGCGAAGAAGUUGGAGCUUGGUUCCUAGUUAUGUUUACUGCUUUGGUCACCGGAAAAGUCUGGGAGUGGAUUGGCGAAGGCCGCGUCGAGGUCCUGGAACAGCAACCCCCCGCCAAUCCGCGACUCUUCCAUACGAGACUCAGCAUAUCUCUCCUGCUUAGCGUCGUCUACGAUACCUGGUUAUUUACCUACACUGUGAAUGCCGUCAUUCAGCAAGCUCGGCCUAAUAUGAUGGUUAUGUUCUUGUUCGAGUUCGCGAUUUUGGCUACGUGCUCGUUCCGCACCGCUUUCCGAUAUAUCCUGUCGCUGGUUGAAGCCGAUAUAGUCAAGAAGCAGACUCGCCAGAGACUAGAAGAACGGAUUAGGCAGGUCCGAGAACAACGUGCUGAGAUCAUGAGACGCCGCGAAUCCGGUGACGCCGCAGAGGCCGAAGCUGCGGCGCAAGAAGAGCUACCACCCGAGGAAGCGGAUAUCGACGAAACAGAUAUUGAAGUACAAGGAUGGGAAUCUAAGGGGCAGUGGGUGUUAAGCCUGGACCUAUUUACUGACUUCGUCAAGCUCGGUAUAUAUUCCGCAUUCUUCGCCAUCUUGAUGAUGUUUUACGGUCUACCUAUUCACAUCAUGCGCGAUCUCUUCUUGACAGCACGAUCGUUUGUUAAGCGCCUCAGUGCUCUAAUGCAGUAUCGCAAAGCCUUGCGAGGCAUGAACAAUUAUCCCGAUGCUACUGCGGAGGAGUUGGCACGCGAGGACACGUGUAUUAUUUGCAGAGAAGAUAUGCGACCAUGGGAUCCAUCCGCCGUGGGCGCCGUAGAACGCUUUCGUCCAAAACGACUGCCCUGCGGUCAUAUUUUGCAUUUUGGAUGUCUCAGGAGUUGGUUAGAAAGGCAACAAGUGUGCCCAACCUGCCGACGCCCGGUUACUAUCGAAGGGACCGCGUCUAACGGUGGUGCUGCUGCUCCAGGUGCGAAUCCUGGCGGCCAGCCCAAUGCUCCAGGUCAACAGGCACCAGGCAAUAGAGCUGCUAAUGGCGGUCAACCUGCGCAGGCGCGUGGGGCCGGCAACAUGAGAGUAUUUCAGUUUGGCCCCAUUCGAUUGGGAUUUGCUCAGGGCAAUGCCCAGAAUAUCCAUGAGAUGGCUCAACGGCUACGUCUUCCUCUUGACGCCCCCAACGCCCCUGCAGUACCAGCGGUGCCAGCCCAAGCGCCCCCUCCUGGCACUACUCACCUAGGUAACAACGGUGGCAUUGUGGAGAUCCAAGCACAGCUUCUAGACAUAUCGCAACGAAUUCAACAGGAGAUGCAGGCGUUACAGGCGAGCCAGGUCGAAUUACAGACUCUAUAUGCUCUGACGGCAGAGUUAAGCCGCCUCCGCCAGACCCAACAAGAACCUCAGCCUGCGCCGAUCGCCCAACUGGGACAGCCAGGUGCUAACGUUCAUCUUGGCCCCUACCAACCGCCUUUGCCGCAACAAACCCUACCACCAUUCCAACACUUGCAGUCAUUUCAACCACAACAGCUUCAACCUAUGACGCAAAUACCCCAGUUUCCAAAUUUUCCUCCUCGCGUGUCAACGCCAACUAUGGUCAGGCAUGGAGGCGUCCCUUACUCUGCAUCUGUCCCUGCAGGUAGCCCAGAUUUGCCUGAAGGGGUCGUCAUUCCUCCGGGAUGGUCCUUAUUACCUCUUCAACGCCUUGACGGCCAACCAUCGCAAGCUCCUCAGCAAUCUGUUCAACAGGUUGACUCCAAUGGCCAACAGUCACAGUCAGCAGAUAUGACGAAUGGGAAUACCGUGACUGGUAGCGCUACUGGGAUUCCUCGUUCGUCAAGUUCCAGAGCUGGCGAGCCUAAUGCUAGGAAUUUUGGGGCCCCUAGUGGAUUUCCAGAAGACGGCCCCAGCCAGACCACAUCCCAAACGCAGAGAGAAACGCCAGAAGUGGCCGCGCCAACGCCUGUGAUGCCUAACUGGGGCGGCCGUGCACAGCUCUUUGCGAAUGGCGGGGUUAACAAUCCACCAACUGUCAACGAGCCUGAGGCCAGAACGGAGGAGCCCUCGAUAUCAGAGGUUCCUCAACGCCAGACCUCGGGCGACGAACAAGAACCGGCAGCGGGUAGCGACGCAAAGGGUAAGGCGAAAGCUGUGACGGUGGAGGACGCGGAGGAGGCAGAGGAUGAAUAAAACCAGGUGGUUAUUUUUUUGAGCCACAUCCCCGGCUCUGUAUUGACAAAGGGGAAAUUGCAUCAGGGGCAAGGCGUUGGUGGCGUUGGAACUUCAUGUCCCUAAAAGAUACUUGAAUGGUAUGCGUAUCUGGUAUGAUGAGGAUUAUUAAAUAUGAGUGAUUAGGAACAAUUCCUCCAUAUCGGUCAUGUUCGCUGAGUAUCCUAGGCAUCGGCGAUUAUGGUUAUGAGCUCUGCUUCAGACGUGAGGGAUGAAUAAACGCCAGCGUACGUUGGACGGUGGAAAAAGCGAGGCAUGUUACCUGGAAUGAAAUUACCUAGCCAUUGUUACAUAUACUAAUCCACGGAAAUAACGUAUCCUAGACGGGCUCUAAAUGCGUGGCCGUACUAAUGGGAACUAGGUAGAGGUUUUGAUCUUGGGCAAUACGAACUAUUAAAAUUGCCUAUACAGAGCUCUGACAUUGGACGAUAGCUGCCGAGUUCUCUAGCGCGUCCAAGAGAUACUGGUACGUGAGCAUCUGCCGCUUAGCCUCUACUUUUAUCAGCCAUUGGUGUUCACCUGUGUCGGAUGUGGGCUGUCUAUGAUACGUUGGCCGUUUGUUACCUCGACACACGACACGACAUGCCGUGUCCGACGUUGGACAAUCUCAUACCUCCAUAGGAUCUGAGCAGGAUCGGUCGUCUGCAGACUUCAGACGUGUAAUAUCUAAC